GGACACUAACUGGCAAACUCUAGACCUCGGUCUUUCCGCGUCCUUCUACGCUUAGCUCCCACUCUUGCAGACCUUGCGCCCGAGGGAGAGCCGGAAAGGCCCCUCUGAUCAACGGCUGAAAUGCAUAAAAGCAGGGGGCAGAGUAGAAGACAUGGGAGAAGGAGCCACCGACACAACGCUUGGUUCAGACAGCAUGGUUCUAAUGAGAGGAAUAAUACAGGGGCACAGCAAAGCCCACAGGGUUCCAGCCACAGCGAUGACGAGGCCCCGUCGACCUCCAGCACAGCUGGCAGUUCUUCUGUGCCAGAUCUACCAGGUUAUUACUUUGACCCUGAAAAGAAACGCUACUUCCGCUUGCUCCCUGGACAUAACAACUGCAACCCCCUCACGAAGGAGAGCAUCCGGCAGAAGGAAAUGGAGAGCAAAAGGCUGCAGCUGCUAGAGGAAGAGGACAAGCAGGGAAAGAAAAUAGCCAGGUUGGGAUUUAAUGCAUCUUCCUUACUACAAAAAAGCAAGCUGGGUUUUCUCAACGUCACCAGUUACUGCCGUUUAGCCCAUGAGCUGCGAGUGAGCUGCAUGCAGAGGAAAAAGGUCCAAAUUCAGAGCUCGGAUCCCUCCGCUUUGGCAAGUGACCGAUUUAACCUGAUACUGGCAGAUACCAACAGUGACCGGCUCUUCACCGUGAACGAUGUCAAAGUCGGGGGCUCCAAGUACGGCAUCAUCAACCUUCACGGCCUGAAGACCCCCACGCUCAGGGUGCACAUGCAUGAAAACCUCUACUUCACCAACCGGAAGGUGAACGCUGUGAGCUGGGCCUCGCUGAAUCACCUGGAUUCCCACAUUCUGCUGUGCCUCAUGGGAAUUGCAGAGACUCCAGGCUGUGCCACCCUGCUCCCAGCGUCAUUGUUUGUCAGUAGUCAUCCAGCAGGAGACCGGCCUGGCAUGCUCUGCAGUUUCCGGAUCCCUGGGGCCUGGUCCUGUGCGUGGUCCCUGAACAUCCAGGCAAAUAACUGCUUUAGUACAGGCUUGUCUCGGCGAGUCCUGGUGACCAGCGUGGUGACGGGACACCGGCAGUCAUUUGGGACCAGCAGUGACGUCUUGGCCCAGCAGUUUGCUAUUACGGCUCCUUUGCUGUUUAAUGGCUGUCGUUCCGGUGAAAUCUUUGCCAUUGAUCUGCGUUGUCGAAAUCAGGGCAAGGGCUGGAAAGCCACCCACCUGUUCCACGACUCAGCAGUUACCUCUGUGCAAAUCCUGCAAGAAGAGCAAUGCCUGAUGGCAUCCGACAUGGCUGGAACGAUCAAGCUGUGGGACCUGAGGACCACUAAGUGUAUUAGGCAGUAUGAAGGGCACGUGAACGAGUAUGCCCACCUGCCCCUGCACGUGCAUGAGGAAGAAGGAAUCGUGGUGGCAGUGGGCCAGGACUGCUACACGAGAAUCUGGAGCCUCCAUGAUGCCCAGCUGCUCAGAACCAUACCCUCCCCACACCCCACUUCCAAGGCCGACAUUCCCAGUGUGGCCUUCUCUUCUCGGCUUGGGGGCUUCCGGGGAGCGCCAGGGCUGCUCAUGGCCAUCCGGCAGGACCUUUACUGCUUCUCCUACAGCUAGUUCUGCAGGUUGCAGCCUGGAGGGACAUGGAUGUGACUCAGCGGAGCAUAGGUAGCCAUAUUUUUGCCACAAUUGCCAUUUUCAGUGAGGGCAUUUCAAAUGGAUGCUCUUGUGUAUGCAUAUCCCAUCCAUCCAGCUGCUGGGGAAAAGGUGCUAUAUUUUAUGUGGAGACACUUCAGUAAAGUUAUUUCAGUUAAGUUGUGGGUUCAAGAAGCUUAAAAGUCCUUUUCAUAAAAGGUACCUAUUUCCUUUUCUUGUUGAAUUCCUUAGAAUAGUUCCUCCACCUUUUUUUUUUUUUUAAACAAAAAGUACUUUUUCUAAGGGCUGAAGAUUGACAAUAACUAAAGCUGCUGCUUUCACCAAAAGCCCUUUCGAGAAGCCUAAUGAUGAGACUGGGUGAAACUGUUGACAGUCAGUGCCUGGGUCCCAGAAAGACAUGUAUCUAUACUUGAGAAAGUCAGCUGGAGAGAAGGGGGAGUCAUUUCUCUGAGUCUCUAGAGAUUUUACGGCUGAGUUGGGAAUCAUUAAACUAGCUUUCUCAAACUCACUCGAUAACCAGUGUCAGAUCUCUGGUAUUCUCAUUCAUUACCAUGUAUAGGCAUUGUAAGGAAAGAUGGAUCCUUUUAGAGGCUAGACAGGCCUUAGCAUGCAUAUGUUGAAGUACCUUCCAGAAUGUUAGGUACAGCAGCUCCUGUUUCUAUCAUGGUGACUUGAACGUCAGAUUCAAGGGCCCCAUCUCAAAGAAAAUUGGCUUUGACUUUUUGUAAUCUAGGAGAAGCAGUUUGUGAGAUGUUUAUACAACACGUUAAUACAAAGAGCCUUUCUACCAAACAAUAAACUAGAAAGUAGAAAGAACCAGAACAUGGUAUGUUGCUUCUGUUAAUGGUUUAGAAGAUGAUGAUGCUUGGCUGCUGUAGCAUCAAACCAGCUACAGUAACAUCUGCUCAAACCCUGUGUGAGGAAGAGACUGAGACCAGUUUUAAUGGCUUUGCUGGAAAGCUUCCACUUGCUCCUGUGCCCCAAGAAGCUAUGGACUACCUCAGCAGGCUUUCUGGCCCGGGGUGGGUUCAGCCUAUGGGAUGUAGCAGCGGGAAAGCAGAGGGCAGAAGACUGAGGGAUUGUUAGUCCCCUGGCUCCCCUUCUGCUGGGGUGUGGUGGGCUGUGGCUGUGCUCCUCUACCCGAGUCUGCAGCUUCUGCUGGAACACAGCUCUCUGGAUUCCAGUGACUUCUCUCCAUUUGUCCCUUCAGACCUGCAGCUGAUAAUUGCAUCUUACUGUUGCUAGCCCAGGGUGCUUCACCAAUUAAACUCUCGUCGGUUACCCCCUUGAGUGUUAUGCAUCUGUGUCCUGCCAGAACCCUACUACAACUUAAUGUACAGAGAGAAAUCCAAAAAACAUGAGAGUAUCAGAUUGGUCAUCUGGUAGAUGAGCAAUGUGUUACAACAAAUAUUUUUAGUGCCUUAGGUUUUAUAAAUAACUUUCCUCUGUCUUAGCUGACUUGAUCCUUAAAACAACGUAUGAAGGAGGUAGGACAGUAGUAAUGAUAUAAAAAUUAUUAGCAUCAUUUUCUGGGCACAGAGAAAUUGAAUGACUUGCCUCAGAAUGCAGACCUGUUAGGUGGAGAGCUGGGACUUGGCACCAGAAGAGAUCACGUUCUCUACUUUCCACACUCCUCCAUUUGCUGACAAUACUUGUGUAUCACACACAGCUAGUGCUAAGGAGAAUGACAGAGUGGCUUGGUGCGAAUGUAAACAUGCAGUGCUAACGUUUCAUAUUUAAUUGCUAAGUAAAUUAAUUUUUCUGGCACUCACCAAAGACUAAGAAGCUUGCCAGUUACCAAAUUUCUUAGGUGUUUGUUUAAUCUUUGAGACAUCGCCCCUGUAUCUUUACGGCCUUGGCAUACCGACCUGCACAUAGGUCCCAGGAAAUAGCUGUAUGAUUGAAGGGUCCUGGUGACUGCAGUCACAGCAGGGUCUUCUGGAUUAAUUUUGGUGACAUGGCCCUCCCCAAGAGCAGAAAAAAGCGUAAGUGCUGAGCCAUGACCCUAAUAUCACUCAUACUUUUUCCCC